ACUGUUUAAGAAACUGUCUCUUUCACAUCUACGUGUGCAACGGCUAUGCGUUUCCCCACCAGAUGCGUUUAUUUUACAAAGCAGAGACAAGAAUAAAUAUAUCAAACUUAAAUGAAGUGUUUUUUUUUUCAAAUUUCUCUAGUACAAAAAUACCAGCCCGGUCUAUAGUUAUGAUAUUAGUUCUUGAGUGAAGAGGGCUAAUUAAAAGUAUGACUUCUGUAGACAAUUUGAAAUUCCCAAAGUCAUAAUGUAACUGACAGAUGAACGUGAUCUAGAAUACAGAAAUAAUCCGGCAUGUUGAAAGUACCUGCCAAAAUGAUAAGCCCAGAACAUGGCACAGUAAGUUGACUUUCAGAUCGAAAUAGUAGGUACAAAAUAUGUGACAUUUAUUAAAUGAUAGCAGAGGACAUUUGAUGUGACGUUUCGAAAGUGACAUAAUGGCUCUUCUUGUUGCCUUGCUGUUAAACUUUCUUGUGCCUGGAUGUGUUCUCUCGGAUUUUUCUGAAUACGGUAAGAACAUUUCUCUUUGGUGACCUUUCUUAUUUUUUCUAUGUAACUUGUUGGCGACUGAAUUCCUUUUGAUUCUUUAGCCCUAAAUACCCUUUCAUUUUUUUUUUUUUUUUGAAAACUUUCAAAACCGCCAUAUGUAAUCGUGUGUAUAGUAUGAAUAAUACACUAAGAUCAAAAGUAAGUGAUUCAGAUCAAUGAAGAAACUAAUGCUGUUUGUCUUGUUUUUAAAAUGAAUCUUGCUUGUACUAAUGUAUAGCUCAAGAUUUAUUCAACACCACAAAGCUAUCAAACAUUGUGUUGGGGGCAAGCUAUCAAACAUUGUGUUGGGGGCAAGCUAUCAAACAUUGUGUUGGAGGCAAGCUAUCAAACAUUGUGUUGGAGGCAAGCUAUCAAACAUUGUGUUGGAGGCAAGCUAUCAAACAUUGUGUUGGAGGCAAGCUAUCAAACAUUGUGUUGGAGGCAAGCUAUCAAACAUUGUGUUGGAGGCAAGCUAUCAAACAUGUCUUAACUUUCACACCAUGUUGAUCUCAUUAUAUAGGCGAAACCACCCACUACACAAGUUUUGGGCCCUACAAUCAAUACCAGUGCCGCUGUGUAGAUCUCAAGUGUGGUUUCCAAGGAGACUGCUGGGACGGGUACUCGUGUCAGAAAGGAUGGUUCGGCCCGGGAUGCCAGUACGGUCAGUUUGUAAAUAGUUAUAGCUGGUUAUUCAAAGUUAUUGUGUGGUAUAGUGCGUGUCUUAAGUUGGUCACAUCCAUGAUUUCAGUGUGUGGUCAACGGUACAAUCAGAACCAUCGCUUGGGUCCUUUGCAUAUUAAAGGUUCUCAAAGUUUCGAUGUAAAGGAGAAUUAUCAACUUUGAAUGUAAGGGGCACAAAACCGAAAAUUGUCAGUGGGGUCUCCGAAAGUACGGAGUCGGGCCUGAGUAUGUUUUUUUAGGCUAGCUGGUUAAUCAAGUUAUUGAUCACUGUUAAGUUUCAUCUUCGUUGUUUCUGGCUUGAUUCCUCUCGUCCUCAGUCUUAGAGGAAUUUUUUCUUGUGAAGUGGACCAAAUCUCACUUAUCGGAAAUAUAGGAAUUUUUAAAUUUUUCUUUUCAAGUCUUUUAAUAUUAGACAAUUUUUUUCUCUCUAUCCCUCUAUUCCCCCCUUUCUCUUUCUCCCCUCUCUUUAUCUCUCUCUCUUUUUCGUCUCUCUCUCUCUCUCUGUCUGUCUCCCCCCCUCUCUCUCUCUCUCUCUCUCUCUUGUUUUCUCUUUCUCUGGUAAUUAUUUCCCAUAGACGGUAGCCGACUGUGCAUACAGGUGUAUUUAUUUACUAUUUAGGACACAAAUUUAGGCAUAAUAAUUUUGGAACUAUAUAUAUUAGUAAUUUAUAGUUAGCCUUACACCCUCGUCAUAUUACAACUAACCAUAUCCCCCUUAAAUGCCAGAGAAAAUUCACUCGAAUCAUUUGCCAUGUUUCUACUUCAACCAGACGAUCUGGUCAGCAAGGCUGCAGUAGUUGAGAUACAGCCUCGGCAGCCCCACGACAUCAUAGCGGACAACAACCAGGACACUUGCCUCCACAACACCGAAUCGGUCAUACUGACAUGGGGAAUGUUUUUCCCCUUCACCUGGCUCAGGAUACAGGGAAAAGACUUGGGUAAAUAACUGUCCGUACACCCCAUAAUGAGUCUUGGAUAUGAUGUAUAUGGUGAGAGAUUACAAAAGUGUACUAUAUUUAAAAAAAAAAAAAUCCGUUGUUUAUGGUGUAGCGAUUCUAAAAAUGACAAUUCUAUCCAACUCAGAUCGACAGUCGAAGCUGAGCAUCACGUUUCUGACCUCACGGUACACUCAAGUUGGAUGCGUCAACCAAAGGACGUCAGCGCCGAACAACUCGUCUCUGGAUGUUUACUGUGACGUUGAGGAGCCGUUCAUACGAAUGACGCUCACGGGGAAAUCGAUCAAGUCCCUCUGCUCGCUAUACGUCAGCGGUGGUACGCAUUACAUCUCUGUGGUUAUGGUCCAUGGUAAUGGUGCUGUGUCGUUGUCUAUCGCGGGCGGUGUUGUUGAGAGUACGCAAGCGAUGGUACGCAUACAUCUCUAUGGUUAUGGUCCAUGGUCACGGUGGUGUUUCUUUGUCUAUCGCUGGUAAUGUUGUUGAGUGUAAGUUAGCGGUGGUACGCAUACAUCUCAAUGGUCAUGGUAAUGGUGGCCUGUCUUUUUUUGUAAUUUCUGGUAGUGUUGUUGAGUGUAAGUUAGCGGUGGUACGCAUACAUCUCAAUGGUCAUGGUAAUGGUGGCGUGUCUUUCUUUGUAAUUGCUGGUAGUGUUGUUGAGUGUAAGUUAGCGGUGGUACGCAUACACCUCUAUGGUUAUGAGCAUGGUAAUACUGCUGUGUCUGCAUCUAUCGCUGGCGGUGUUGUUGAGUGUAAGUUCGCGGGGGUACGCAUGCAUCGAUAGUUAUGGUCAUGGCAACGGUGGUGUUUCUUUGGUUAUCGCUAUGGUUAUGAGCAUGGUAUUAUUGCUGUGUCUGUAUCUAUCGCUGGUGGUGUUGUUAUAUGUAUGCUUUUUGUUGCAGUGAAACUGAUCUAGUCCCAAGAUAUAACAACAAAAUAAUGAACAUUCUGUCCCAGUGGCGGAGCCAUACCUAUUUAUAGACGUACAGUGUUCACCCAAAAUUAAAAGUGACCAACAAGCAAAAAACACAGAGAUACAACAAAAAAAAAAACCACUCAGCUCCAAGGUUCAGAGUAAAUUGUUGUUCAACACACAGGGCACUUAUCUGAACAAAAUAUCUGAACCCAAUGUCGUUGCACCGCCCACACUCGAGUGAGCACGCGACAGUUUGAAUGUGACCCACUCAUCCCACUCGAGACCAUGAGACCAUCAUUGAGCCACCCACAGAUUAGAACACACGGGUUAAGGCAGGGGCCUGUGUUCCUCCAUGGAAAAGUGGGUCAGAUAAUAACAACACGAACUGACAGUGUGCCAAAUUAGUUUCUUUGUUUUUUCUUAUAUAUAUUUUUUCUAAAAAUUGAAAGUAUUCAUCAACGAAAUCUGUGGGGCAUUAGAAGUUGGUGGCUUGGGUGACUCGAUUCGCUUGACUGCAGAACAAACACCAGGCGUCAAAAUAACAACGAGUUCGACGGCCNGGGGGGGGGGGGGUCUGUUGAAAGCUAAGCUUUUAUGUAUUAUAAUAAACCAGUUUGUUUUAAUUAGAUCACGUGGUCGUAGAUAUAGUGUGGGCGGAGGAAUAUAGUACAAGUGAACUUUGAACUUUGAAUAGUUCUUUAAAAGUGGUAAGCUAUCUCCCUUGAAUAUUUAUUCCUAAAGGCUUUGUAAAUGUAAAAAAAGAUAUUUUAAAAGCUCCAUAUGAAACAAACACAUUUAGAUAUUAUUUAAAGAAUUUAAUACCUGGCUUAACAUAAAUGCGCCUAGUGCACAAGGCAUCAGAUUAUAUAACCUUUGAACGUGGGGAUCUUUCUUUGUGUGUGUUAAAAUUUAACUCUCGCGUUAGUUUCUAUUUUGAAUUUAACGAUUUCUCCUUCCUAUUAAGAUGUUUAACUAUUUCCCACCUGAGUCAUAUAACUCCCCCCCCCCCUUUUCUGUUGGUAAAAUUUAUUCUCAACAACACACGACUUCUUGUAACAAGGGACAGGGCUCAACAAUAGAAAGAAACCAUUUUUAUCAUUUUUCGCGACCAGGCCGAAACAUUGCCUUCAGGCAAAACACAACGACUGUCUCCUGGGCCCCCGAUGGCACGACGUACACCUACCGCACGAUGAACGGGGAUCAGACGACGUAUUCCCACAGCUUGAGGAGGGCGCUGCCGAGCUGGCAGGUGAGCUUCGAGACGCCUGCGAGCAUCGACAGAUACGUGUUCCACAACAGACGUACGUACAUUCCUAUUUUAAAAAAACAAAACAAAACAUAUUAUUGGAUUUAUUUUUUUUAUAAAUGCUAAUUUCCCUUAGGAUUUACGUUACUAAUUUAUGAAGAAAUCUGUCGAGGCUCAGACUAUACUGAGGUCAGUGGCGUAGCGAGGGUGUUUGGCGCCCGGGGACAAGAUUCGCGCCCGGGAACAAGAUCCAUUUUAAAGCGCCCCCUUUUCUUUUUUUUCAACUCUCAAACCCAUUAUUUUUACCAAUAAUAUAAUAUCAAAUCACACUUUGGCGCCCCUAACUAGCUUGCGCCCGGGGACAUUUGUCCCCCCCUGGCCCGCCCCCCCCCCCACUCAAUCGCUAUGCCUCUCACUGAGGUGUGUAUAUUUAAAAGAGCUACGUGAUUACGAAGCGAGGCCGUCCAGUCAAAAAUAAUUAUUUGCGAUACAAAAAAAAAUACAAAAAACAUGACGCCGGCUCAACAAAUAGAUUUUAUUUCAAACAAAUGGCAGACGAAAUGAUAGUAAUUGAAAGGGAGGACGGGGAUACACCAAGAAGCCGUGGCAAGGGUGCACUUGACACCAUCAAAGAGCAGCAAAAAGGGUGCACUUGACCCCAUGCCUUUCCCCUUGCAUCUACCACGGCCAAAGAGAGCUUACUUUCAGAUACGGGACAUUCCUAUGAAGAUACUAUAUAGAUAUAUAUAGGAAUAUGGUUACUGGAAAUUUGAUCGAAAGAAAUUUCGUCGACGGUAAAUUGAUCGACGGUAAUUUGAUCGAACGGAAAUUUGGUCGACUCUUUUUUUCAGUUCACACGUUAAAAUUUUAGUCAAAUUUCUUUUUGAACGCACGAUUCUAUUAAGUAAUACAAAAUAAUGCGAAACCUUUCAAACUCGGAUAAACUGCUUAAAAUAGAUCAUUUAUGUAAUUUUAAAUGUAUUUGUAAUUUAUAACAUGAAAAAAUUUAAACAUUUACUAAAAUAAAAGCGAUACAUUUCAUUUUUUGCGCAUUCAAAUUUAUUCGAUUUCCGUAAAAAUAAUAGAAAAUCACUAUCAGUGUUUUUAAGCAUCAGAACGUAUCUACAUCUUUUCGUCUCUUUGGCGUUACGGUCAGCCUAGCUGAUUCUUAUAUAAAUAUAUAUAUUAUAUAUAUAUAUAUAUAUAUAUAUAUAUAUAUAUAUAACUGAAGGUUAAUGAAAUUAAAAAACACAGUUAUUAUAACUUUUUUUAUAAAAAAAACNUUUUGCGCAUUCAAAUUUAUUCGAUUUCCGUAAAAAUAAUAGAAAAUCACUAUCAGUGUUUUUAAGCAUCAGAACGUAUAUACAUCUUUUUGUCUCUUUGGCGUUACGGUCAGCCUAGCUGAUUCUUAUAUAAAUAUAUAUAUUAUAUAUAUAUAUAUAUAUAUAUAUAUAUAUAUAUAACUGAAGGUUAAUGGAAUUAAAAACCACAGUUAUUAUAACUUUUUUUGUAAAAAAAACCAACCUUUCAGCAGCCACUGAACCUUCAGAUGAGGAAGCGAAAAGGUUUGUUGGCUUCGUGCUGACGAGUUACUCGGUGAACAGGACGAUCGUCUUCACCCAGGAGAACUACAAGGACCAGUUCAGCUACAGCAUACUGUCCCCAAGACUCAGGGAGCCCGUUGCCGCCGUGAGAAUAAGAGUGGCCCAGCUCAUCAAUGCUCCGCACACGAAUAUAAGAGGCGUGGCCAUAUAUGGAGGUUCGUGACGUAACACGGUACAGUUUUAUUUAAUGAAAUAGCUCUUACGGAGGAGUCAGGAAGAAAUAAGGCUUUGGGAGAUUAAACUGGAAGGAAGAGUUAAAGAGGAAGCAUCAUGUAAGAACAGAUUUUCAAGAUUGGAGAACAAUAUUGAUGUUUCCAGCAUUGUGCUGCAACAACAAAAUGUCCAUAUUUACUUUUUUAAAUCGUUCAAACAUUUUCUCUGCCUUUUCAUUUCCCCCAUCUAAUAUGUUUACAUUAUUUUUGCUCCCGAAUAAAUGAUGUAUACAACAUUUUUCUAAUGUUUAUCUUCUGCAGACUCAGUCUGUCCAACUGGCAAGUAUGGCCGCGACUGUGAGCUGUCCUGCAACUGUGCCACGAAAGAGGAGCCGUGUUUCGUCAGCACGGGGGGCUGUACCUCCGGUUGUGCCCCUGGCUACCACGGUGAAGGUUGCAGACUGAGUGAGUUUCGCUUCGGUCAUUUAGUUUGUGUUUCAUGAUCGCGUUUUACUGUUUAAUUUGUUUGGAGAUCGCUGAUCAGAUUAACCACGAGCUCACGAUCACUAAAUUUGCAUAUAAACCAGAUGUCUUGGGACAUUGGAUGUCUAAAUCAUUAUGACACCCCUUCCAACACACAGGGUGCUCUCCAAAUCACUGGGGCGUUGACUGCCAGGAUGUGUGUGGCAUUAACUGCAUCGCUAACCAAUGUGAUGACAUUACGGGUCGGUGCUAUUACGAAUGUAUGGACAACUACAAAGGACCAAGGUGUGACAGAGGUAAGCUUGUGAGUACCAUCGUUUGGUGUGCACAUUAAGAUAGAAAGAACAGUGCACUGGCUGUUGUGAGUGUUGUAUUGUUAGUUUGUGGCCUUUUUCUUGUCAAUGCGAGAGACCAGGGUUUCUUGAGUGAAAUGUGAGGCCAUGUGAUCUUGCUUGUAAACACCUCAUUAAAGACACACGCAGCUGGACACAGCAUGUUAGUGUUCUUUGUGUUAGCUGUGGUACUACAAACUAUAAAAUUAAAAUAUUCACAUUUAAAAAAAAAAAAAGAAUAAGAGAAACAAAAUCAUUAGACAACCAAUUAAAGCACAUAAAAUUACAUUAAUAUAUUAAAAUUACCCUUAAUUACCAGAUGGUUCAUUGUCAAUUAAGGAAAGAUGUUGGUCAAAUUGUUGGAUCAUAAUAGAAACUUAAAUGUUGAGUCCCAUGUAAACAAAAACAACCAGUCUGUCGUCUCGUACAUCAAAAUGUUGCUUAUACAUUUGGAUGAAUUUUGCCUACAGUUGUACGUAGGUCAGAGGAAACAUCUUCUUACACCAACAUCCAAUGUGGAAGUUCUUGUACCAGAUUUUUAUUGUGUGACUUUGCACUGUGAAUUACUACGUUCCUACAUUAAAUUUAAAUUUCGCAUUAUUAAUUUAAACAUACAAGUAAAAUUUGUUGUUGUAUAAAUUCACACUGAACCGUUUUGAUGGUGUUGUUAAAAUAAUUAUGAUAUCUGUAAUAGCUUUGUUUUAUUUGCGUGUGUGUGUGUGUGUGGGGGGGGGGGGUGUUCAUAAUGAAAGUUUUUCUUCCAUUUCUUACAUGUUAAUAUAUUCACAUGUAAAAUUUUCAUUUAUAAACUACGAAUUACUUCACAUCUAAUUCAGCACGUCCGUGAUUAGGGAUGUAACCGUUAUAAAUUCACAACAUGGAUUUUUUUUUUGGAGGGGGGGGGGUUGGGGGUGGGGGGGCUCUUAAAAAUGUUGAAUGGAUAUUUGGCUUCAAACCUGGCGUGGGCCUCGCCUACAUUUUUGCAACUCUUCAAUGUUUGAAAUAAAUAAAUAGCCUCAUUAUCUUGUUUAUAUCUUGUUUAUAUCUUGUUUAUAUCUCUCUUGUCAACUUCCACAGAGUGUGAGGUCGGUGUCUGGGGUCCGAACUGCACCGCACCGUGUGACGACAGAUGUGUCAACCAAAGCUGUAACGCUACAACAGGCCAAUGCGACAUUGGAUGCAUCGGGUUGAAACCCCCUUCUUGCAAAAAUGGUAAUGAUCAUAUAGGAUAUCGUCUGAGAUAGUUUAAUCAAGACACGUUUCGCCUUUCCUGUCUUGUAUAAAUAGAAUAGUAAUUCAAGAUUUUAAAACGAAAUUUUAUCGUAAUCAGUGUUCCGAGAAUUUUUUUUUUUGAGGGGGUGUGCAAUGGGUUGGGGGGCAAUCGUCUGUUUAAUUAAAUCAUUCUACCGGCAGUUUAAUAUCUUAUUGAGAGGAACGGAAAUGGUUGCACAUUUUUAUUUGUUCACGCAGUUACGAAAUAAAUUAUUCAAAAAAUUGGAGUGGAAAAAAAAUAAUUAGAAAAAAUAUUUUUUUUUUAGUUUUCUCUGGGAUGAGCUCUUUGAAUUUAAUUUAACUAUUUAUUUAUUUUCUACUCUUUUUGAAACUUAAUUUAAAAAAAAAAAAAAUGUUAUAAAAAGAAAAUGCUGAUGAUCAAGCUAAAUUUUUCAAGUUUGCUUGAAAAUUGGUUAUAGAUAAUUUACAAUAAAAUUUUUAACCAUGUAUUUUACAAUUUUAUGUUUACAUUCCAUUGGAAAGAAAUUUUGAAAGAUUAAAUUUUUUGUUUGUUUGUUUUUUGUUUUUUUUUUGGGGUGAUGGUUGUAUAUGUGAUGAGCAUUAAAAAUGUAGCCACAGUCUUCACAAUAUCAUGUAGAAAGUAGCGCAUUGUGCCUUCCAUUCUAGCCCCGGUAAAACCGGGUUAUAUCUUCUACUAUUUCAUAUAUUAAACAAUAUAUAUUAAUAUUAUAUUACCAUCUGUACGCCCAACCGAUUAAACAUCAUUUGAUAAGAGUCUGUUGUACUCCAUCAUUUUGCAUUAUUUUGCUCCACAUUUUUUUAAUAAAAGGGAGUAAGUUGCCAAAUCGGAGUGUAGUUUUUUUAAUAACUCAGUUAUCGACCCUGUCAUGUGGAAACCCUGUGUUUAGAGAGAAAACAACCUACAGCAAGGGCCGCACACAAAAACACAGCUUACACUUAUAAUAAUGAGCUUGUCAAUCAUGGCCUUGUUGUCAUUUUCAGGAUGUGAUGUCGGUUGGUGGGGGUUGAACUGUCUCAGGUCAUGUGACCACUGCUCAGGCGGGUCUUGUGAUAAGGUGACUGGCCAGUGUGACAAGGGGUGUGCCAUUGGACGGAUGGGUCAAGAUUGUCAGCAAUGUGAGCCUUUGUAGAUUAGACUGUCAUGUCGACAAACAAAACUGACAGCAACAACAGUAUGGUUAGUCUGUAACAUUGGGGCCAGAUGGAAGAACUGUGGGGGUCAGAUGGCAGAGCAGUGGGGGUCAGAUGUAGAACAGUGGGGUCAGAUGUCAGAGCAGUGGGGUCAGAUGGCAGAACAGUUGGAUCAGAUGGCAGAACAGUAGGGUCAGAGGACAGAACAGGGGGGUCAGAGGACAGAACAGUGGGGUCAGAUGGCAGAACAAUGUGGUCGGAUGGCAGAACAGUGGGAUCAGAUGUCAGAACAGAAGGGUCGGAUGGCAGAACAGCGGGAUCAUGUUAUGAUUGUUUAUUAAAUUAUUAUUAUUUUAUUUAUUUAUUUAUGCAACAUCGUUUUCAAUGAACUUCAAAACAACAAAACCAUCUUUCUUGUUCACUUCGCUAAUGGAUCUAUGCAGUUUGGUCUAAAUGUACUCUUUUUUUAGGGUGGGGGGUAAACAUUCUAAGUUCCUAGAUUAGUCCUACGCACUUGGACCUGUGAUCUGUAUCCUAACUCUAUAUUUCUACCCCUCCCUCUCCCCCCCCCCAAGGGUGUAGCACGGGUUUCUAUGGCAACAACUGUACAAAGACCUGUCCAGAGUAUUGCUUCAACAGCACCUGUGACCCAGUUUCCGGUCGUUGUUACGCUUGUCGUGAGGGAUACUUUGGAAAGAAAUGCGACGAAGGUCCCGUAAGAUUUUAUAUUCAGCAGAGGUCCUUAAAUUAUCCUUGUCUUAUAAUAUUCUAUCUUUUUUUUUUUUUUUUUUAAAUUUUUUUAAUUUUUACUUGGAAAGAAACAUUUUUUUGUUAUUUUACAACAGUAUUAAAUGAAUCAACAUAAUUAGCUCAUUACCUUUUGUCCUUAAAUUAUCCUUUUCUUAUAAUAUUCUAUCUUUUUUUUUUUUUUUUAAAUUUUGUUAAAUUUUACUUGGAAAGAAACAUUUUUGUGUUAUUAUACAACAGUAUUAAAUGCAUCAACAUAAUUAGCUCAUCACCUUUUUAAAGAAUGCGGAGCUCGAAUGUGGGGACCUGGCUGCUCCUUUCAAUGUUCUGAGAAAUGUGUGAACAAGUCAUGUGACCGCGUCAGUGGGGAAUGCGACCUGGGAUGUGAGACUGGCUUCAAGCUGCCAACCUGCUUCUACCGUAAGUGAUCCGCUGCGUGAGUUGAAAGCUCAGGUGUGUUGAGAAGAAAAUAAUGAAACAAGAUAAUCUGGGGCUGGCUGUCAAUUCUUAAGACAUAAUCACGUGUAAAUACAAGGGUAUGCUAAUACUUAAGCUAGCUAUCACUUCUUAAGACAUAAUCAUGUGAAACUACAAGGGUAUGCUAAUACUUAAGCUAGCUAUCACUUCUUAAGACAUAAUCUUGUGGAACUACAAGGGUAUGCUAAUCUUUAAGCUUAUUAUCAAUUCUCAUUUAUGUGAUUGAAGCAAAUGAUUUUUGGUAUGGGAAUGAUUUUCAUGGCAACUAAUUUUUGCUAGGGGAAUGUUUUUGUUUUUUUAUCAAACUUAUUGUGUGUAAAACCUAAUAGACUAACGAUAUAUUUAAACCAAAAUACGUCACAAAUACAAAGCACACAGGAACAGCUAAACAAUUAAUCUCCACACCAAAACAUGCACCCAUUUAACAAAGCAAUAUCAUUCCCCCCAACCCCACACACACACGUGUUUGAAAAACAGGAGGAAAAAAAAUGAUGUUUGGUGGGGUACGAGGCUGGACGUUUGAUCGAUUGUUUUGGCAUCGGGAACGAGACUAUGUGCCAAGCUUCAGCUCGAUAGGAUGACGGGAAGUCGAUCAUUUAGACCUCCGAUUACGUUGCCACAAGCAAACGAACAAAAGCGAUGCUAAUAUAAAGGGUUUUCUAAUGAUUUUGAACAUAUAUUUAACCAUUUGUUGUUACUCUUACAACGCCACCACCGUUGUUUAAUUUAUACAUUACCAAGAUAACCCCCCCCCCUUUUUUUUUCUGAUCCGGUUUAUAAUCCCCUUAAAGUAAAUGUUUGUAUACCCUGUCCCUAACAGUGUCUCCCCUGUUAAUAUUUGCGUCAUCUUUUAGUGUCAUAUUACAAUCCUGCGUCAACGCCGGCCUUUAGGGUGUGUGACCUGUGCCCUCGCGCAGGGCGCCGUGGCCAUAGGGGCGUUCAGUAAAUAUUUAAAUUACCUUAGUUUAUUACAGUGAAGAGUAAAGUACCGUAGAAAAACUAAACAUUUUAAACUAAGGUGCAUGUUAUAAUGCGUAUUGUUAGCUAAAGGUAUGGCAUGAUAACUCCUGUUCCAAAGCCUACGUCGUGAUCGGAAAAAGAGCGGAGCCAUACAGGGACAGGGAAGGGGGGGGGGGCGCCGAACGGGUGCUUGACACAGGGCGAAAUUUUACCUAAGGCCGGCGUUGCAUGCGGUAGCAGGGUUAGCAUUCCAAAGUGAAACAACGAUACUCUGUGUCAACUAACUCACUCAGCUGAACAUUAAGACACCAUCCCACCAAAAAAAAAAAAACAAGAAAUGAUUGUUGUCAUCACGACGGACAUCUUGAUUGCAUAACUUAUUGUUUCACAACUCAAGCGUGUGACCCCGGCACCUGGGGAGACAACUGUACCCGAAGAUGUGAAGGGAACUGCCUGGACGGGGAGUGCGACACUGUGACUGGUCUGUGCAACGCCGGCUGCUCGGCCGGAUAUCAGCCACCAGCGUGUACCGAGGGUGAGUUGUUCCAACACUGGUAGGAAAGACUAGGGCUGUACCGAGGGUGAGUUGUUCCAACACUGGUAGGAAAGACUAGGGCUGUACCGAGGGUGAGUUGUUCCAACACUGGUAUGAAAGACUAGGGCUGUACCGAGGGUGAGUUGUUCCAACACUGGUAUGAAAGACUAGGGCUGUACCGAGGGUGAGUUGUUCCAACACUGGUAUGAAAGACUAGGGCUGUACCGAGGGUGAGUUGUUCCAACACUGGUAUGAAAGACUAGGGCUGUACCGAGGGUGAGUUGUUCCAACACUGGUAUGAAAGACUAGGGCUGUACCGAGGGUGAGUUGUUCCAACACUGGUAUGAAAGACUAGGGCUGUACCGAGGGUGAGUUGUUCCAACACUGGUAUGAAAGACUAGGGCUGUACCGAGGGUGAGUUGUUCCAACACUGGUAUGAAAGACUAGGGCUGUACCGAGGGUGAGUUGUUCCAACACUGGUAUGAAAGACUAGGGCUGUACCGAGUGCAGCAGUUGUUGUCGUUUUUUGUUACACCGGUUGCGGGUAUUUUGAGAGCCCGGCCUGGUCGGUUUCACAACCGGGCCAAUUUGUACAAGUGGCCCCCGGACACGUGGGGGGUUUCACGAGCCAGGCCAAUCCGCGUCCGUUGCUUAUCAACCGGGGGGUCCCUGAUCCUGGUUUUUGACUUUAACGGUUACGAAUACGUCGGACCGGGGUCUUGGACGCUGCUCUUCGUGAGCGGUCGUGCAAGAGCGUCCUGCUCAGUCACGCUUCAGCAGAUAUUAAUGUUAAUGUCGGUAUUUUGAGAAAUAGCCCCACAGACAGUCCUAAACCCUACCGCUGGCCUUCAAACAAUGGGCCUGCAAACAGUCCAACAGACGGUCCUACAGACAGUACAACAGACAGUCCAACAGACAGUCCAACUGACGGUCCAACAGACAGUCCAACAGAUGGUCCAACAGACAGUCCAACAGACAGUCCUAAACCCUACCGCUGGCCUUCAAACAAUGGACCUGCAAACAGUCCAACAGACGGUCCUACAGACAGUACAACAGACAGUCCAACAGACAGUCCAACAGACAGUCCAACAGACGGUCCAACAGAUAGUCCAACAGACAGUCGAACAGACAGUCCUACAGACAGUCCAACAGACGAUCCAACAGACAGUCCAAUAGACAGCCCAACAGACAGUCCAACAGACAGUCCAACAGACUGUCCAACAGAUAGUCCAACUGACGGUCCUACAGACAGUACAACAGACAGUCCAACAGACAGUCCAACAGACAGUCCAACAGACAGUCCAACAGACAGUCCAACAGACAGUCCAACAGACGGUCCAACAGAUAGUCCAACUGACGGUCCUACAGACAGUCCAACAGACGGUCCAACAGACAGUCCAAGAGAGCCGAGGCUCUUCAUUGAUGAAUAUAAUAAUCUCCUUCUCUAAAUUAAUUUUUUUUGUACCUGAGUUCACAUGUCACGCAAGACACCUUUUUUUUUUCACUCAGUACUAUUUAAUAUAAAACGUCUAGUUUGGUGAGGAGUGGGGAGUGGGGAGUGGUUUCGAAAAGGAAGCAGGCCAUACCAGAAGCAAAAUAUAUAUAAAAGAUAUGUAUGUAGCUUUUUUUCUAUGCAUACACGGCUAUCUUGCCAUUGAGAAUUCCCGAAAUUCUCAGCCCAUCUCCUUCCGGUUGACCACUAAAAUUUUGUGUAGACAAUUUUAGUCAUUUUUUUUUCUUUCAAUAUUUCACUGAAUCAAUAAAUUACAAUCUUUUCAACACAGUGUGUUUCAAUUUUUCGUGACUCAUUUAGCGGAUAGUUUUUGCACCUCAUUCAAGUUGUCGGUUGACAUUUUUAACUGAAAUGUAAACUAAUCAAUUUAAAAAAAAUAACUAUCCACAUAUGGAUAAGGGUUUGUGGUUUUAUAUGAACAAUUUCCAAACAAAAAUACAUACACAGGUUUAGCUUCGCGAGCUACAUUAAACUGAUAAGUUACUGCAUACGUUUGCAGACAUUUAAUCAUAUUACUUAGAUAUCAAUUUAUAGAACGCUUGAGAACGUUAAAAAAAUAUAUAUUUCAUUAUUAAAUAUUUUAAUAUUAAACUGUUUGCUAUAACACUGAAUGACUCUACCCUCAUGUCCUUAAACUGGUUGCCAUAACACUGAAUUACUCUACCCUCAUUUACUGUAUUCUAAUAUAAAUCAUAAUAAAUGUACACACGCGUGUAAUUGUGUGUACGCACAUCUAACACGUGACAUGAUCCUCCAUCAGUGUGUGAUCCAGGGACUUAUGGCUAUGACUGUGCUGCCCCCUGUCCAAGCAGCUGCGCCGGUCAUUUUUGUGACGCUGUAACGGGAAAAUGCGCUCAGUGUGACGCUGGGUAUCGGGGUCAACACUGCGAGGAAGGUAAGCUAAAUGACUAAAUGUUAUCUUAUAAAGUAAAUGUAACUCAGUGGCUCUCAAUAUUCGGUUCUAAGGUGAAUCCCAAAUUGUUUUUGUUUUUUUUUUAAAUUAAAAAAAAAAAUUCUGGGUAUCAUACCUAAAAGUUGUAAAUAAGUCAUCCAUAUAAUAGUUAUUAUUUUUUUACAAAACAUAUGUCCUUAACGUUAUCAUUCACCAAAAUGCCUUAUACAAAAGGUUAAAUUAAUUAGUUUUAGUGGGUUGUGCAGUGGAAACAAAUCUGAAGACGAUAAAUACACCCGAAGACGGUGUCGAAAUCGCUCUGACAACGAAAUGUCCCAAUCUUGACGGCAUUGUAUCUAUUCUCAAAUACAUGAAGUGGAAAAAUUUUCAAAUUAAACCCUAUCUUCUAGAAUUACGCUCAGCACACACUAUCAACUUCGCGUCAAAUUUUGAUGCAAUUUUUGUAUGAAGCCUUGUCACAACUUUCAAAUUGCUAUUUUUGUACAAAAGAAGGAACCACGCACUAAAUAGUGCGUGCCUACAAAAAUUUGACGCCAAUUUGAAGCUAAUUUUAAAGGAAUUCGAUCGUGUCAACUGAACAUGAUACGUGAGGAUUUUGUAGGAUAUUUUAUUUUAACCUAUGUAUUUUUUAAAUGUUAUUUUAAUCGUCACGUAACUAAAAUCGAGAAACGCCUUUGGGUUCAUAAAUUAUAGUCUGUUAAUUUAUUGCUUUCCACUCCAGUGGGUGACGUGAGUAUUAAAAAAACAAAAAAAAAUUGCAUGGUAGGAGCUAAUAUAGUCCCCUUGACCCCCGCACCAAUGAAAAUAAACAAUUACUCUUAAGAUAGAGAAGUGCUAAAAUGAAGGGAAAAAAAAAACUAUUGAAAACAUUGGAGUGAAAAUUUCCCCAGAAAUUAUAUGGACUAACAAAGGAUGAAUAUGGAUGGAGAAUACGAACCAACCAAGAAAUGUUAAGUCUAUAUUGGGACCCGCGCUAGUAACAAGAAAUGAAAAAGGGCAGGCUAUGCUGGGGUCUGGACACUUAGAAAAAGAUGACAAAGAAUUGAAGAGGGUGCACUAUUAAAUCUCCCAGGAGAAAGCGGCUCAAAGCCAGACCUAGGCUUAGAUGGAUGGAUGAUGUGGAUGAUGUGGAUGAUGUGGUUGCUGAUCUUCAGCAGCUGGGAUUCCAGGCAUGGAAAAGAAAAGCAUCUGUUCUGGUCCUUACGGUUUGGGUCCCUACAGUCUCGAUCCCUACAGUCUCGAUACCUACAGUCUCGAUCCCUACAGUCUCGAUCCCUACAGUCUCGAUCCCUACAGUCUUGAUCCCUACAGUUUGGGUCCCUACAGUUUGGGUCCCUACAGUUUGGAUCCCUACAGUUUGGAUCCCUACAGUUUGGAUCCCUACAGUUUGGGUCCCUACAGUUUGGAUCCCUACAGUUUGAUCCCUACAGUUUGGAUCCCUACAGUUUGGAUCCCUACAUUUGGGUCCCUACAGUUUGGAUCCCAACAGUUUGGAUCCCUACAGUUUGGAUCCCUACAGUUUGGAUCCCUACAGUUUGGAUCCCAACAGUUUGGAUCCCUACAUUUGGGUCCCUACAGUUUGGCUCCCAACAGUUUGGAUCCCUACAGUCUCGAUCCCUACAGUCUCGAUCCCUACAGUCUCGAUCCCUACAGUCUCGAUCCCUACAGUCUCGAUCCCUACAGUUUGGAUCCUUACAGUUUGGAUCCCUACAGUUUGGAUCCCUACAGUUUGGGUCCCUACAGUUUGGAUCCCAACAGUUUGGAUCCUUACAGUUUGGAUCCCUACAGUUUGGAUCCCUACAGUUUGGAUCCCAACAGUUUGGAUCCCUACAUUUGGGUCCCUACAGUUUGGAUCCCUACAGUUUGGGUCCCCACAGGUUGGAACCCUGCAGUUUUGGUCCCUACUAUUCGGGUCCCAACAGUUUGGUCCCUACUAUUCGGGUCCCUACAGUUUGUAUCCCUACAGUUUGUAUCUCUACAGUUUGAAUACCGACAGUUUGUAUCCCUACAGUUUGUAUCCCUACAGUUUGAAUACCGACAGUUUGUAUCCCUACAGUUUGUAUCCCUACAGUUUGAAUACCGACAGUUUGGAUCCCUACAGUUUGUAUCCCUACAGUUUGGAUCCCUACAGUUUGUAUCCCUACAGUUUGAAUACCGACAGUUUGGAUCCCUACAGUUUCGGGUCCCAUACAAAAGCGAAGAGACUAUUCAGACACCACCCAUUUGAUGGCGUAUUUAAUUGUCGAGAUUCGCCUAGGACACAACUUCCUCUCAUCUCACGGUAUUCGGUGUGCUGCGAUUGGAGGCUCGGCAAUGUCUCGGGUUCUGUUUACAUACCGGUAGGCAUUCAUUCGUCUGGGGGCUUGGUCUCUGGUUGGUCUUAUUUUCGAUGAAACACGGUAAUAGUGUGGUUGUUGUUGUUUGUUUUUUCAGCAGGCCUCCCUGGCCUUACUGUAAAACACUACCAUCGGUUUUGGGAUCAUUAAAUUUAUUUUUAACAUCCAGAAAAAAACUUUUCUAAAUCUCAGAUUGCGAACCCGACCGUUGGGGCCCGAACUGUGCGAUGGUUUGCAGCUCCCAUUGUCACAACGGUGAGUGUGACGUGAAGACAGGCCAGUGUCUUAGGUGCAGAGUUGGAUUCACGCAGCCCCUGUGUCAUGAACGUAAGUGAACCGCUAGCUUCGUGUUUUGAAAAGAAGGUUAAUCAUUUAACAAGCAAGUGAACCUAAGCAACAGUUACCACGUGUGGUUAUGCUUAUGGUUAUGCCUAUGGUAUGGCUAUGGUUAUGCCUGUGGUUAUGCCUGUGGUUAUGCCUGUGGUUAUGCCUGUGGCUAUGCCUGUGGCUAUGCCUGUGGUUAUGCCUGUGGUUAUGCCUGUGGUUAUGCCUGUGGCUAUGCCUGUGGUUAUGCCUGUGGGUAGAUAUUUGUCUGAAUUAAGUUCUGGAUAACUUCUAAUUUACUCAUUGUAUCAUUUCAUUGAUCUGUUUAGUGCCGAUGGGAGACUCACACAUUAGACAAGAAGCGGAGAAGAAAUAACUGGUUUAUGCCACCAAGAUUCAAUGUUUAAUUUGAGUCAAUGACAAAAUAAAAUCCAUAAUUUUUGUCUACUACUAUAAGAUAAGAUGCUAUAUUUGAUCCAAAUAAAUGGCAAUUCAUAUUCAGGACAUAAAUAAAAACAUCUUUUCAACCAAGGCAACAUUUUACAAUUAGGCAAUUUAUAAAAAAACAAGACAUCUAAUAAAUUUCUCUAGCGUAAAAAGGCAACCAUCAUAUACAUUAAUAAAAUGUAAAAAAAUUUGAACAUUCGAAUCAAGUUCCAACGGCAUAUCAGUUGCUUCCGCAACACUCAAUGACUCAAAAAUUAUGUCCUAAAUGGGUAAUCGAACGUUACACUUCGAUACGGUCAGCUUCCGUUUGUGUUCAAUAGCUACAGCUUCCAUGUUGAUUCUUAGAGAUUUUUUUUUUUUAGGUAAAAAAUUAAAAUCAAACAUCGAAACUGGAUUCAUCUUGAGACGAAAGUUUAGAUUUUCUUUCUUUUAGCAGAUUAUCUGCACAUUAAUAAAAUAGUUACCAUUGCAUUGCUAUGAUGAUGAAAACAGCAUUGCAGUUUUCGGGUUCUUUGUUGUCGUUGUUGGGUGGAUGUGUUUGAGUGUCGGGUUUUGUUUCUGUGUUCUCCUUUCAGGUCCCGGGUCUCAAUUGAACUGACUUCUUUAAGGAAAGCUUUUCAGAAAUAAUGUUUAGCAAUACAACUUUGUUUAGAUUUGUUUUCUUCUUCUGGUGCAUAAAAACCGAUGUCUGCAUUGACCCAAACGAAAGACAACAUUAGUGGCAGUCACGUGUUAGGAUUGCAUCCCAUCAAAUUUUUGUGUCAUGUGUCACAAAAAGAAGUAUCCUUAAAAAAAAAAAAUGGGAGAUUCGUUACUCACCAACACUUGAACAAACUUUACUUAUUACGUAGUUUGACAAUGAAUGAUAUAGAUGACACACGCCCCUGACACAAGCCAUUUCACAGUGUCAAAUAACUAAAAUCAGCAUUUACUUAUGACAUACACGUUAAAAUAAUGUUGGAAACUUUUGAACACGCCGACGAGAGAUGGGACACGACGACAGCACAGCUCUCACGUACACUUGACAGUAGGCGCGAAUGAAUUGACACAUUUAAUUGUUUCUAGAAUGCCACGAUGGAUCUUACGGCCAGGACUGCACUCAAAACUGCAGCCGAUUCUGUGCAGAGGUCAACAUCACCCAACGGCAAACGUGUCACCACGUCACUGGCACCUGUCUCGUGGGAUGUAAGGACGGACAUGAUGGAGUGAUGUGCUAUAACUCCACGGGUGGGUAUUAACUUUCAAAUGUGCUGUUAUGAUUGGCUACAGUUGAAUGGCCACCUUUAAGAAAUGUAACGUUUCCUGAAACGGUCGGAUGGAAGAUUCCACAUCCCCCCCCCCCCCCCCAAAAAAAAAAAAAAAAAAAAAAAAAAAAGAAACACACACACACUUUUUCCGGUUGUUCUUGAGUUUAAAUUUGAGAACAAUUGCAAUCUUAUCAGAAAUAAAACUGAAGAAAAAAGUUUUAAGCAGGAGUUAUGGCUCAGGGCAAGAUAACAACAUGAAAACAUUGAUACAUGGACCCCAAGGUAGAACUAAAACCUGCUUGAAAAAAAUUAAUCGAAGCUUUAAAAAAAAAAUAAAUCUUUGUUAAAUUGUAGUAAAAGCGAUUAUUAAAAAUAUUCACUUUCUUCACACUUUAUGUAUUGUAAAUCAUUGGCUGUUGACUGAGGCGUGGCGAGGAUGUUUCGCGCCCGGGGACAAGAUUCUCGCCCGGGGACAAGAUCCAUUUUAAAGCGCCCCCUUUUCUUUGUUUUCAACUCUCACGCCCAUUAUUUCCAUCAAUAAAAUAAUAUCAAAGCACAUUUUGGUGCCCCUAACUAGCUGGCGCCCGGGGGACAUCUGUCUCCCCUGCCCCCCCCCCCUCGCUACGCCUCUGCCUGUUGAAACGAUUGAAUUGUGGUGCGUGUGCCUGACCUGUAGCUUUGCUUAUAAGGUAAUGUUGAUUAUCACUACUUUUAUUAUAACAUUGAUGAUCUGGUCACUAAGACAGUCGACUAGAAGUUAUAAUAAAAAAUACGAUAAUAAUUGUAUCCCCUUUUUUUCUUUAAACGCGUUAUUUGUGUGGCUUAUGUGUGACGUCUGCCAGUCUAUUUCUUUGAUCUGAUUGCUUUAGAUUUUUUAUCUUUUAAGCAGUCGAGUAAUUGAACGAGUAAUCAAAUCUUCAUUUCUUACGAACGUUUUAAAAAAAAAAAAAAAAAAUUUCAACAGAACCAGAGACGGUCGCUGUGAUGAAGAGCUCUGGGCGCAGCUCGGUCAACAACGGCCUGCUGGCCGGCCUGAUCUGUGUCGUACUGAUCGCCGCCGUCACCAUUGGCCUCCUGGUGUACCUCUGGUGGCGUCACGUCAGGAAGACAGGGAGUUUCACGACAGAAGAUUCCGUCACCGCAGUGGAGAACAGGAGCUCACGCUACGAGCUGAUGGCGGCAGAACACUAAAUCAAUGCAUGCGUUUAGAAGUUUAGAAACAUAUUAUAUUUAAUUGAAUUAUGGAAAGGUAGUCUGUAAAUUCACUAAUAAGCAGCGAUUAGAAAUCCCAAUGAUAGUAGGUUUUUUAUAAUGAAGAAAGCGGGCGAAUGACUGUAAGAUAGUUUGACAAUGAAUGAUUUAGAUGACACAAGCAAUUUUAAAACAAUGUUAAAUGAAGAGAGAGAUGUAUAACUUAAACUGUUUUUUUUUUUCAUCUAGAAAGCGAUAGAGUUGGCCUAUGACAUGAUUUACAAAAUAUUUGGAAAUGCCUUAUAAGCAUGAAGUACAACCCAAAAUUUCUGUAUUUGAAAUGGGUUUUAAUUUUAAAAAAGCAAUAAAGUGCAAAGGGCCUUCUCAAUUGUUUGUAGAGAAGAUACUCGGAGCCGGAUGAACUGUUUGAAGGCAUGAUUGUUGGCUUUGCGUUAUUUAAAAAUGUUGUUUACAGAAGAAAGAACGCCCUUGAUCUGUGUCAAUAAUUUGAAUACAUAUUUUACAACUCAACUUAAAAAUUCAUUAAACUGUAUGGUCAUAAAAGUCCUAUUAUAUGGAGCAGAAACUUGGAAAACAACAGCGAGCAUUACGCAGAAAGUGCAGACCAUCAUAAACACAUGCCUUAGAAAGAUCCUGAACAUCAAAUGGCUAACUAUCAUCACCAACAAAGAUCUACUAGAAAUAUCUACUGCCAGGUGCCCAUUGACGAUGACAUCACAAAGAAAAUAAGGAGGGCAUACUCUUCGAAAGCCAUUAGAUAGCAUCACCAGACAGCGUUGAAAUUCACAUAGAAAAAGAAAGAGAGGAAGGCCACAGAAUGCAUGGAGACGCAAGCUAGAGGCAGACACGCAGGCUAUGGGAUACACCUGGAAGCAACUGGAAAGGAAAGCACAAGACCGAGAUGAAAUGGAAAAUUCUUGUGGACGGCCUACGUCCCAGAAGGGGUAAAUCGGCAUAACAAGAAAGUAGAACUUAUGACCAAAACGUGUCUGCAAAUAAUAAUGAUAAUGCUUUACUCACUACUGCACACAUGCUUCUCUUUUGUUAUUGUGAUGAUUUCUCUCUCACGACGACUGCGCUGUGGACAUCAGGAAAGCCGGUUAGCUUCAAGCGAUACCACCGCAAAAAAAAAAAAAAAAAGAAAAAAAAAUCUCUUUGGCUCCUUGCUUCUGUUUCCUCAUGCUCAAGUUCAUUAUGUUAUCAACUGAUUCCAGCGAGAAAGAAAAAAGUUCAAAUUUUUCUAUUUAAAAAAUCCGUACAACUAAAUAUUUAAAAAAAAACAACAACAACCCAACUUACAAUAGUAAUGAUUAAAUCGGGUAAGGAAGAUUACUAUUCUUAAAACUCAGGGUAAUCCUAGUGCACUUAUAUCUUUUUUAAAGAAUAUUUUUCUUAAAAAUUCGCACCAAAAUAUAAAUAAGUUUCUUACAAUGUCUUUGAACGUUGACCCGCUAUUUAACACAUUCAUUCUGUUAAACCUAUACCAUUUUUUAAAAAUUGAUUAUUUCAUUUUGUUGCUAAAUGAUAGAACUGAUUACAAUCGUCUAUUCAAUAAAAGACAUCAAUUCUGGG